AGCAGACGCUCAGCUUGAGCUACAGUGUGAGCAAGAUGGCAGUGGCUGUGCGGAGCCUACAAGAUCAGUUAGAAAAAGCUAAAGAAGGCUUGAAAAGUGUUGACGAAAGCAUACGCAAGCUUACUGGGCGUGAUCCAAAUGACUCCAGACCGGGUCAGAUUCGACGUCUGGGGGGUCCUAUGGCAGGCCCCGGAGGAGGUAGAGGAAGAGGGUUUAACCUGCUCAGGCGUAGUCUCUCUGAUAUUGGAGGCGGAGGGCCCCCUGCAAAGCAAAGGGACAUUGAAGGAGCACUCCUGAGGCUUGCAGGGGAUCAACGGGCUCGGAGAGACACGCGACACGACAGUGACGCUGAAGAUGAGGACGAUGUCAAAAAGCCAGCGUUGCAGUCGUCUGUUGUAGCUACCUCCAAAGAGAGAACACGCCGUGACCUCAUUCAAGAUCAGACCAUGGAUGAGAAGGGCAAGCAGAGGAAUCGGCGAAUGUUCGGCCUGCUAAUGGGAACCCUGCAAAAGUUUAAACAGGAGUCAAACGUUGCCACAGAGAAGCAAAAGCGUCGCUCAGAGAUCGAGCAGAAGCUUGAGAUUCAAGCAGAAGUGGAAAAGAAGAAAGUGGAGUCUGAAAAGAGAGAGCUAUUUGAGGAGAGGAAAGCCAAACAAACUGAGCUGCGAGUUCUGGAGCAGAAAGUGGAGUUGGCUCAGUUGCAAGAGGAGUGGACAAGCCACAAUAACACACUGGUCAAAUUCAUUCGUACCAAGACCAAGCCACAUAUCUUUUACAAGCCUGCCAAAAUGUGCUCCGCAACACAGAAACUCCUCGAUGAAUCCACCAAGAAACUAAAUGUUGUGUUUGAAGAGCGGCGUAAGGCUUUUGCCGAACAACUCAGCAAAAUGGAGCCCCGACCCCGGAGGCAGACGCUAAGGGACCAGGAUGGCAACAGACCAGCCACAGGGACGGACCACUUGGCGGAGGGUAAGCCUGCAGGUCAGAUAGUCAAGGUGGCAGGUAACCAGGCUGAUAUAGAUAUGGAGGAAGAUGAGAACCAGGUGCAGAUAGAGGAGCCAGAAAAAGUCAGUGAGAGCCAGACAUCAAUGAAGGUUGAGAUUGAGGAACGUGAGGUGGUUGGUGCGGAAAAGAAGGAAUUGGAUCAGCUAGACUUUGAAGAUAAGGAGGCAGAGGAUAGCAUUGACAUCGCUGAGCAGAAAGAACAGGGAAAUGAGGCAGAGGAGAUGGAGGUUGAAGGCGGAGCAGAACAGUCAGUUGGUAGUGAGGUAGAAUCGGACAAAAGAGUAGUAGAUGCCCCGAAUGAUAAAGCCCAAGAGGCAAAAGACUCUGAACUUAGUGAGCAUAAACGCCAAGAGUCUGCCAGUCAGGAGACCAGCUCCCCAAAAGAGGAUCCUGCAGAACAGUCACCUGAUGUCCAGGAGGCCUCACCCAACCAAGAACCUGGAACAGCGAUACAACAGGAUUCUAAAUCUAAUCUGGAGUCUGGGGACUGUAUAGCCGAGAACAAAGAAAUGGAAGCAAAAUCAGAGGAAGAAGCAGAUCCGAAACCUGAGGCCAGAACUGAAGAGGUUCCGUCACUGACAGCUACUCCUGCCAAAGAUGAGGUAGAGCAUGUAAGAGGACGGAAGAAGGAAAAAGAGGCAAAGAAACGCCGCACUAAAAGCAACAGCUCUUCGUCCUCUUCGUCUGGAUCCUCCUCCAGUGGGAGUUCAUCUUCAUCCUCUGGAUCCAGUCGCUCUUCAUCCUCUUCGUCUUCAUCAUCCUCUUCAAGCAGCAGCAGAGAUGAUGGAAAGCGCAAACAGAAAGUGUCAGACAGGCAAAGGAAGAAAAGCGAGGUGAAAGGUCGCCAUAAAAGAGGAAGUAGUGGAGGAGCAGGAAGGGACCCCAAGGAGAAGAAGAAAAGGAGUGAUGAAGGCAGAGGCAGGUCGUCCCGCAGCGAUAGGGAGCAGAAGGAUAGAGACAGGAAGGACAAGAGACAUUAAACUCCUGCAGCUUUCAUGUGGAUACACAAAUUCAGACCGUGCAAAUUAUUUUAUCAUAUUUCAGCUAAUCAACUUGAGUCAGGUGGAAUAAUGCAUCAUUUUAGCUUGCUUAUUGGCUCACUAGCCCCUUUAACUGUCCGUGGCAGCCAGAGAGGUGUCCCGUCUGACUAGUCUUGGCAGGGCGGUCUCAGCUGCACUGGUGAUUGUCAAGGAUUUUUGAAAUACAUUAGUGUCAAUCUUGCACCUUUGGUGUUUUUAAAACGUUUCUUUUUUUGUCACACGUAAUUCUGUUUUGGUGUUGGCAUAUCAAACCAGUCAAAUUAUUGUUAAGGUCUUGACAAAUCCUUGUCAUUAGUUUGUCUCCUGUAACUUUGAGAACAUGUGGUUUGCUCAUACUGGUUUUAUAUUGUUUUGUAUCUGGUGAUCAGAUCCAAAAUAAAAUUG